UAUUCAUAUAACGUAAUCAGCGUUACAAUUUUUUUUUUUUCAAUGAUAGCACUUUUACCUCUCUUUCUCCACCCUAGGCACAAAUUUAUUCAAAAUUUUACGUCAAUCAAACUUUCGCAGAACCUUCAUAUUUCAUUGAAAUGGACAUUUUCAACAAGUCUAAAAUUUCACCAAAAACACGCAAAAGCUACCCAAUGUUAUUUUCAUUAAUCCUAAUAAUUAAAUUAUCUGUACGUCAGUUUUUACGUAGAAAAGAAAAAAACAAAACACUAUAAAAGGUCCUCAUCUGUAGAAAACAAUAAAACUCCAGAGAAACCAACAAUCAACAUAAAAAAUUACACCCCAUUUAAAAACCCAAACCAGAAUCAAAAGAUUGAUCCAGCGAAAAUGAUUAACUGCUUGCAGACUAAUCUCAUUCACAUGCACGGCUUUCCAUCACGUGGGACUAAACCGCAAUCAAAGGAAAUUUUACACAAAUACCUAGUCUAAACCAAUCAAAUGACCCGAAAAAAGCACCUAAGGACUGAAAUUCGACACCUAAUAGAAUACUCAGUAAUUAAAUAAAAAGAAACGGCUGGGGCAAUU